AUGGUGUUUCUGCUAAAUGCCUGGAAGGAAGGAAGCAAAUACCCAUCAAAAAGAGAUUCUUCAGAUCUUGUCAGAUUAGAUGCUUUGAAUAUAAGGGAAGUGAUUCUUGAGUUCAAUUAUACAUUUGCAGCCUCUGACAGUGGUGAUGUAGCUAAUCAAACAUUUUGUCUUGGAAUUGUUUAUCCUGCCAAUUGUAAUAAUUACUAUGGCCCUCAUUCUGUUGAAUGUCUGGGAACAAUUUGGUUGUCCGCUAAAUGUUUGGAAGAAGGAAGUAAAUAUCCCGAAAAAAGAGAUGGAGCUGAACUGGUUCGAUUGGAUGAAUUAGAUUUAAGGUUUGGAUCUUUUGCAAUAUUUGAAUAUAUUUUAUCCUGCAAUUGUACAAAUUACUAUGGUCCACAUUCUAUUGACUGCUUGAAAACAAUAUGGUUGUCUGCUAAAUGCCUGGAAGAAGGAAGCAAAUACCCAUCAAAAAGAGAUUCUUCAGAUCUUGAGAGAUUGGAUGCUUUGAAUAUAAGAGAAGUGAUCCUUGAGUUCAAUUAUACAUUUGCAGCCUCUGACAGUGGUGAUGUAGCUAAUCAAACAUUUGUUUGGAAUGGUACGCAAAGAAGCAAAUACCCAUCAAAAAGAGAUCCUUCAGAUCUUGUCAGAUUAGAUGCUUUGAAUAUAAGGGAAGUGGUUCUUGAGUUCAAUUACACAUUUGCAACUGCUGACAAUGGUGAUGUAUCUAAUCAAACAUUUUGUCUUGGCAUUGUUUAUCCAACCAAUUGUAUUAAUUACUAUGGCCCUCAUUCUGUUGAAUGUCUGGAAACAAUUUGGUUGUCCGCUAAAUGUUUAGAAGAAGGAAGUAAAUAUCCAGAAAAAAGAGAUGAAGCUGAACUAGUUCGAUUGGAUGAAUUAGAUUUAAGACAAGUUAUUGAUGAGUUUAAUCAAACAUUUAUCGCUGCGGAUAAUGGAGAUUCAGAUAACCAGACGUUUUGUCUCGGAAUUGUGUAUCCUGCCAAUUGUACAAAUUACUAUGGUCCACAUUCUAUUGACUGCUUGAAGACAAUAUGGUUGUCUGCUAAAUGCCUGGAAGAAGGAAUCAAAUACCCAGAAAAAAGAGAUUCUGCAGAUCUUGCUAGAUUAGAUGAUUUGAAUAUAAGGGAAAUAAUUCUCGAGUUCAAUUACACAUUUGCAACUGCUGACAGUGGUGAUGUGUCUAAUCAAACAUUUUGUCUUGGCAUUGUUUAUCCAACCGAUUGUAAUAAUUACUAUGGCCCUCAUUCUGUGGAAUGUCUGGAAACAAUUUGGUUGUCCGCUAAAUGUUUGGAAGAAGGAAGCAAAUAUCCAGAAAAAAGAGAUGAAGCUGGACUAGUUCGAUUGGAUGAAUUAAAUUUAAGACAAGUUAUUGAUGAAUUCAAUGAAACAUUUAUCUCUGCAGAUAAUGGAGAUUCGGACAACCAGACCUUUUGUCUUGGAAUUGCUUAUCCUGUCAAUUGUACAAAUUACUAUGGUCCACAUUCUAUUGACUGCUUGAAAACAAUAUGGUUGUCUGCUAAAUGCCUGGAAGAAGGAAGCAAAUACCCAUCAAAAAGAGAUUCUUCAGAUCUUGAGAGAUUGGAUGCUUUGAAUAUAAGAGAAGUGAUCCUUGAGUUCAAUUAUACAUUUGCAGCCUCUGACAGUGGUGAUGUAGCUAAUCAAACAUUUUGUCUUGGAAUCGGUACGCAACAAGUUAUUGAUGAGUUUAAUCAAACAUUUAUCGCUGCAGAUAAUGGAGAUUCAGAUAACCAGACGUUUUGUCUUGGAAUCGUGUAUCCUGCCGAUUGUACAAAUUACUAUGGUCCACAUUCUAUUGACUGCUUGAAGACAAUAUGGUUGUCUGCUAAAUGCCUGGAAGAAGGAAGCAAAUACCCAGAAAAAAGAGAUUCUGCAGAUCUUGCUAGAUUAGAUGCUUUGAAUAUAAGGGAAAUGAUUCUCGAGUUCAAUUACACAUUCGCAACUGCUGACAGUGGUGAUGUAUCUAAUCAAACAUUUUGUCUUGGCAUUGUUUAUCCAACCGAUUGUAUUAAUUACUAUGGCCCUCAUUCUGUUGAAUGUUUGGAAACAAUUUGGUUGUCCGCUAAAUGCUUAGAAGAAGGAAGCAAAUAUCCAGAAAAAAGAGAUGGGGCGGAACUAGUUCGAUUGGAUGAAUUAAAUUUAAGACAAGUUGCUGAUGAAUUCAAUGAAACAUUUAUUGCUGCAGAUAAUGGAGAUUCGGACAACCAGACCUUUUGUCUUGGAAUUGCUUAUCCUGCCAAUUGUACAAAUUACUAUGGUCCACAUUCUAUUGACUGCUUGAAAACAAUAUGGUUGUCUGCUAAAUGCCUGGAAGAAGGAAGCAAAUAUCCAUCAAAAAGAGAUUCUUCAGAUCUUGAGAGAUUGGAUGCUUUGAAUAUAAGAGAAGUGAUCCUUGAGUUCAAUUAUACAUUUGCAGCCUCUGACAGUGGUGAUGUAGCUAAUCAAACAUUUUGUCUUGGAAUCGUUUAUCCUGCCAAUUGUAAUAAUUACUAUGGCCCUCAUUCUGUUGAAUGUCUGGAAACAAUUUGGUUGUCCGCUAAAUGUUUGGAAGAAGGAAGCAAAUAUCCCGAAAAAAGAGAUGGAGCUGAACUGGUUCGAUUGGAUGAAUUAGAUUUAAGACAAGUUAUUGAUGAAUUCAAUGAAACAUUUAUCGCUGCAGAUAAUGGAGAUUUAGACAACCAGACAUUUUGUCUUGGAAUUGUUUAUCCUGCCAAUUGUACAAAUUACUAUGGUCCACAUUCUAUUGACUGCUUGAAGACAAUAUGGUUUUCUGCUAAAUGCCUGGAAGAAGGAAGCAAAUACCCAUCAAAAAGAGAUUCUUCAGAUCUUGUCAGAUUAGAUGCUUUGAAUAUAAGGGAAGUGAUUCUUGAGUUUAAUUACACAUUUGCAACUGCUGACAAUGGUGAUAUAUCUAAUCAAACAUUUUGUCUUGGCAUUGUUUAUCCAACCGAUUGUAUUAAUUACUAUGGCCCUCAUUCUGUUGAAUGUCUGGAAACAAUUUGGUUGUCCGCUAAAUGUUUAGAAGAAGGAAGCAAAUAUCCAGAAAAAAGAGAUGAAACUGAACUAGUUCGAUUGGAUGAAUUAAAUUUAAGACAAGUUAUUGAUGAAUUCAAUGAAACAUUUAUCGCUGCAGAUAAUGGAGAUUCGGACAACCAGACCUUUUGUCUUGGAAUUGCUUAUCCUGCCAAUUGUACAAAUUACUAUGGUCCACAUUCUAUUGACUGCUUGAAGACAAUAUGGUUUUCUGCUAAAUGCCUGGAAGAAGGAAGCAAAUAUCCAUCAAAAAGAUAUUCUUCAGAUCUUGAGAGAUUGGAUGCUUUGAAUAUAAGGGAAGUGAUUCUUGAGUUCAAUUAUACAUUUGCAGCCUCUGACAGUGGUGAUGUAGCUAAUCAAACAUUUUGUCUUGGAAUUGUUUAUCCUGCCAAUUGUAAUAAUUACUAUGGCCCUCAUUCUGUUGAAUGUCUGGAAACAAUUUGGUUGUCCGCUAAAUGUUUGGAAGAAGGAAGUAAAUAUCCCGUAAAAAGAGAUGGAGCUGAACUGGUUCGAUUGGAUGAAUUAGAUUUAAGACAAGUUAUUGAUGAGUUUAAUCAAACAUUUAUCGCUGCAGAUAAUGGAGAUUCAGAUAACCAGAAGUUUUGUCUCGGAAUCGUGUAUCCUGCCGAUUGUACAAAUUACUAUGGUCCACAUUCUAUUGACUGCUUGAAGACAAUAUGGUUGUCUGCUAAAUGCCUGGAAGAUGGAAGCAAAUACCCAGAAAAAAGAGAUUCUGCAGAUCUUGCUAGAUUAGAUGCUUUGAAUAUAAGGGAAAUGAUUCUCGAGUUCAAUUACACAUUCGCAACUGCUGACAAUGGUGAUGUGUCUAAUCAAACAUUUUGUCUUGGCAUUGUUUAUCCAACCGAUUGUAUUAAUUACUAUGGCCCUCAUUCUGUUGAAUGUCUGGAAACAAUUUGGUUGUCCGCUAAAUGUUUGAAAGAAGGAAGCAGAUUUCCAGAUAAAAGAGAUGAAAAUGAAUUGGAACGUUUAAAUGAGUUAAAUAUAAGGCAAGUUAUUGCUGAAUUCAAUCAGACAUUCAUUUCUGCUGACAAUGGAGAUUCAGAUAAUCAGACAUUUUGUCUUGGCAUUGUCUUUCCUGUCAACUGCAACAAUUACUAUGGCCCUCACCCUGUCAGUUGUUUGAAAACAAUAUGGUUGUCUGCAAGAUGUCUGCCAGCAGGAACCAAAUAUCCAGGAAAAAGAGAUUCGUUAGAUCUUGCAAGAUUGGAUACUUUAAAUAUAAGGAAAGUUAUUUUGGAAUUUAACAACUCAUUCAGUUCUGCUGACAGCGGUGAUCCUGAUAAUCAGAUUUCUUGCCUCGGUAUUGUUUAUCCUGCUAAUUGUACAAACUACUACGGACCUCAUCCUGUUGUAUGUUUGGAAACAAUAUGGCUAAAUGCAAAAUGUCUGAAUGAUGGAACCAAAUACCCUGAAAAGCGAGAUUUAUCUGAUCUUUCUCGAUUGGAUGAACGAAAUAUAAGAGAGGUGAUUCAAGAAUUUAAUAAUACAUUCAUUGCAGCGGAUGAUGGUGAUCCUCUCAAUCAGACUUUCUGUUUUGGUAUGGUUUUUCCUGGAAACUGUACAAACUACUAUGGUCCUCAUCCUAUGAACUGUUUGAAAACGAUAUGGUUGUCUGUCAAAUGUUUGGAAGAGGGAAGCAAAUAUCCUGAAAAGAGAAGCUUUGAGGAUUUGGAUCGUUUGAAUACUCUGAACAUAAGGGAGGUGACACUUGAAUUCAAUAACACAUUUAUUGCGGCAGAAAAUGAAGAUACAGAUAGUCAAACCUUCUGUAUUGGAAUUGUUUAUCCUGAGAGUUGUUCAAACUAUUAUGGACCCCAUGCUAUUGAAUGCUUAAAAACAAUAUGGAUGUCUGUUAAAUGUUUACAAGAAGGAACCAAAUAUCCAGAGAAAAGGGAUGAAAUAGACCUUAACAGAAUAAACGACUCGAAUAUAAGGGAUGUAAUUAUAGAAUUCAACAAUACAUUUGUUGCUGCUGACAAUGGAGAUCCAGAUAAUCAAACAUUCUGUAUGGGAAUGGUUUUUCCUGCAAACUGUACAAACUACUAUGGGCCUCAUCCAAUCGAUUGUUUAGAAACAAUAUGGUUGUCUGUUAAAUGUUUGGCACAAGGUAGCAAAUAUCCCGAAAAGCGAGAUACAGCAGAUUUGAAUCGAUUAGAUACUUUCGAUAUAAGAGAAGUUGCCCUGGAAUUCAAUAAUACUUUUCUUUCUGCUGACAAUGGUGAUCCGGAUAAUCAAACUUUUUGUCUUGGUAUUGUUUACCCUUCCAAUUGCUCAAACUACUAUGGCCCUCACUCGAUUGAAUGUUUAGAAUCAAUUUGGUUGUCUGCUAAAUGCCUUAAAGAAGGAACUAUGUAUCCAGAUAAGAGAGAUGAAACUGAUUUAAAUCGUCUUGAUGAACUGAAUAUAAGAGAAGUUGUCACAGAAUUCAAUGAUACAUUUAUUGCUGCUGACAAUGGGGAUUCAGAUAAUCAGACAUUUUGCUUGGGUUUGGUGUUUCCUACGAAUUGUACAAAUUACUAUGGUCCUCAUUCAAUUGAUUGCUUGGAAACAUUGUGGUUGUCUGCUAAAUGCUUAGUGGAAGGAAUCAAAUAUCCUGAAAAACGAAAUACAGAAGAACUGAGUCGUUUGGAUACUCUAAAUAUAAGAGAAGUAACUUUGGAAUUUAACAAUACUUUCAUUUCUGCUGACAAUGGUAAUUCCGAAAAUCAGUCAUUUUGUCUUGGUAUUGUUUAUCCCAAGAAUUGUACAAACUACUAUGGCCCUCAUUCAGUUGAAUGUUUAGCAACAAUGUGGUUGUCUGCUAAAUGUUUGGAAGAAGGAACCAAGUAUCCAAAUAAGAGAGAUACUACUGAUUUGGCUAGAUUGGAUGAACUAAAUAUAAGAGAAAUAAUUAUGGAAUUUAAUGAAACGUUUUUUGCUGCUGAAAAUGGAAAACCAGAUAAUCAAACAUUUUGUCUUGGUUUGGUGUUCCCUGUGAAUUGUACAAAUUAUUAUGGCCCACAUUCAAUUGAUUGCUUGAAAACAAUGUGGUUGUCUGCCAACUGUUUAGAAGAAGGAACAAAAUAUCCAGUAAAGCGAAAUACAGAAGAUUUGAAUCGUUUGAAUGCUUUGACUAUAAGAGAAGUAUCUAUGGAAUUCAAUAAUACUUUUAUUUCGGCUGAUGAUGGUGAUCCGGAAAAUCAAACUUUUUGCCUUGGUAUUGUUUAUCCCGCCAAUUGUACAAAUUACUAUGGUCCUCAUUCAGUCGAAUGUUUGGAAACAAUUUGGUUGUCUGCUCAAUGUUUGGAAGAAGGAAGCAAAUAUCCAGAAAAGAGAGAUGAAACAGAUUUAGAUCGUUUAGAUGAAUUAAAUAUAAGGGAAAUAAUCUUGGAAUUCAAUAAUACAUUUAUUGCUGCUGACAAUGGAGAUCCAGACAAUCAAACAUUUUGCCUUGGAUUGGUGUUUCCUGCGAACUGUACAAAUUACUAUGGACCUCAUUCAAUUGAUUGUUUGGAAACAAUCUGGUUGGCUGCAAAAUGUUUAGAAGAAGGAAGCAAAUAUCCAGUAAAACGAAAUACAGAUGAUUUAAUUCGUUUGGAUACAUUGGAUAUAAGGGAUGUAACUGAGGAAUUCAAUAAUACAUUCAUUUCUGCUGAUGAUGGUGAUCCACAAAAUCAAACUUUUUGUCUUGGUAUUGUUUAUCCUACCAAUUGUUCAAAUUACUAUGGUCCUCACUCGAUUGAAUGUCUAGAAACGAUAUGGUUACUAGCUAAAUGUUUAGAAGAAGGAAGCAAAUAUCCAGAAAAGAGAGAUGAAAUUGAUUUGAAUCGGAUAGAUGAACUAAAUAUAAGAGAAGUAAUUGAAGAAUUUAAUGAAACAUUUAUUGCUGCUGACAGUGGAGAUCCAAAUAAUCAAACGUUUUGUCUUGGAUUGGUAUUUCCUGCAAAUUGUACAAAUUACUAUGGCCCCCAUUCAAUUGAUUGUUUGGAAACAAUCUGGUUGGCUGCAAAAUGUUUAGAAGAAGGAAGCAAAUAUCCAGUAAAACGAAAUACAGAGGAUCUAAAUCGUUUGGAUUCAUUGGAUAUAAGGGAAGUCACCAAAGAAUUUAAUACUUCAUUCAUUUCUGCUGAUGAUGGCGAUCAAGCAAAUCAAACGUUUUGUCUUGGUAUCGUUUAUCCUACCAAUUGUUCGAAUUACUAUGGUCCUCACUCAGUUGAAUGUUUGGAAACAAUAUGGUUAUUAGCUAAAUGUUUAGAAGAAGGAAGCAAGUAUCCAGAAAAAAGAGGGGAAACUGAUUUGGACCGUUUAGAUGAACUAAAUAUAAGAGAAGUGAUUGAGGAAUUCAAUGAAACAUUUAUUGCUGCUGACAAUGGAGAUCCAGAUAAUCAAACAUUUUGUCUUGGAUUGGUAUUUCCUGCAAACUGUACAAAUUACUACGGCCCUCAUUCAAUUGAUUGUUUGGAAACAAUCUGGUUAUCUGCAAAAUGUUUAGAGGAAGGAAGCAAAUAUCCAGUAAAACGAAUUACAGCAGAUCUAAAUCGUUUGGAUACAUUGGAUAUAAGGGAAGUUACUGAGGAAUUUAAUAAUACAUUCAUUUCUGCUGAUGAUGGUGAUCCAGAAAAUCAAACUUUUUGUCUUGGUAUAGUUUAUCCUACCAAUUGUUCGAAUUACUAUGGUCCUCACUCAGUUGAAUGUUUGGAAACGAUAUGGUUAUUAGCUAAAUGUUUAGAAGAAGGAAGCAAAUAUCCAGAAAAGAUAGGGGGAACUGAGUUGAACCGUUUAGAUGAACUAAAUAUAAGAGAAGUAAUUAAGGAAUUCAAUGAAACAUUUAUUGCUGCUGACAAUGGAGAUCCAGAUAAUCAAACAUUUUGUCUUGGAUUGGUAUUUCCUGCAAAUUGUACAAAUUACUAUGGCCCUCAUUCAAUUGAUUGUUUGGAAACAAUCUGGUUGGCUGCAAAAUGUUUGGAAGAAGGAAGCAAAUAUCCAGUGAAACGAAAUACAGAAGAUCUAAGUCGUUUAAAUACUCAGGAUAUAAGGGAGAUUACUAUGGAAUUCAACAAUACUUUUAUUUCUGCUGAUGAUGGUAAUCCAGAAAAUCAAACUUUUUGCCUCGGUAUCGUUUAUCCUGCUAAUUGCUCAAAUUACUAUGGACCUCACUCUAUUGAUUGUCUGGAUACAAUCUGGAUAUCUGCUAAAUGUUUAGAAGAAGGAAGCAAAUAUCCUGAAAAGAGAGAUGAAACUGAUUUGAAUCGUUUAGAUGAACUAAAUAUAAGGGAAGUAACCAAAGAAUUCAAUGAAACAUUUAUUGCUGCUGACAAUGGAGAUGCAGAUAAUCAAACCUUCUGCCUUGGUUUGGUAUUUCCAACUAAUUGUACAAACUACUAUGGUCCUCACUCCAUUGAUUGCCUGGGAACAAUCUGGUUGGCUGCAAAAUGUUUAGAAGAAGGUAGCAAGUAUCCAGUGAAGCGAAAUACUGAAGAUCUGAAUCGAUUGGAUACCCUAAAUAUAAGGGAAGUUACAACAGAAUUCAACAAUACUUUUAUUUCUGCCGAUGAUGGUGAUCCAGAAAAUCAAAAUUUUUGCCUUGGAAUUGUGUAUCCUACUAAUUGUUCAAACUACUAUGGCCCUCACUCUGUUGAAUGCCUUGUAACGAUAUGGUUGUCUGCAAAAUGUUUAGAAGAAGGAACUAAAUAUCCAGAUAAGAGAGAUGAAACUGAACUAGAUAGACUGGACGAAUUGAAUAUAAGAGAGGUGAUUUUGGAAUUCAAUGAAACAUUCUUAGCUGCUGAUCAUGGAGAUCCUGACAACCAGACAUUUUGUCUAGGCUUGGUGUUUCCUGCCAAUUGUUCAAACUACUAUGGUCCUCAUUCAAUUUUUUGCUUGGAAACAAUAUGGUUGUCUGCUAAAUGCUUAGAAGAAGGAAGCAAAUAUCCUAAAAAACGAAAUACAGAAGAUCUGAAUCGUUUGGAUACAUUGGAUAUAAGACAAGUCACUCUAGAAUUCAAUCAUACUUUUAUUUCUGCUGACAAUGGUGAUGCAGAUAACCAGACCUUCUGUCUUGGUAUAGUUUAUCCUGCGAACUGUACAAAUUACUACGGCCCUCACUCUGUUGAAUGUCUGAAAACAAUGUGGUUAACUGCCAAGUGUUUGGAAGAAGGCAGCAAAUAUCCAGAAAAGAGAGAUGACACUGAUUUGGAUCGUUUAGAUGAACUAAAUAUAAGGGAAAUAGUUGAAGAAUUCAAUGAAACUUUUAUUGCUGCUGACAAUGGAGACCCAGACAAUCAGACAUUCUGUCUUGGCUUGGUGUUCCCUGCUAAUUGUACAAACUACUAUGGUCCUCAUUCAAUUGAUUGCUUAGAAACCAUAUGGUUGUCUGCUAAGUGUUUAGAAGAAGGAAGCAAAUAUCCAGAAAAGAGAGAUGAAACUGAUUUGGAUCGUUUAGAUAUUUUAAAUAUAAGGGAAAUAACUCUGGAAUUUAACAACACUUUUGUAUCUGCUGACAAUGGAGAUGAAGAUAAUCAGACAUUCUGUCUUGGUAUUGUGUAUCCAACUGAUUGCACAAACUACUAUGGCCCGCAUUCUGUUGAAUGCCUAAAUACAAUAUGGUUGUCUUCAAGAUGCUUAGAAGAAGGAAGCAAAUAUCCAGAAAAGAGAGAUGAAAAUGAACUGGACUUAUUGGAUGAACUGAAUAUGAGGGAAGUAAUCUGGAAAUUCAAUGAAACAUUCAAUGCUGCUGAUGAUGGAGAUUUGGAUAAUCAGACAUUUUGUUUUGGUAUAGUCUUCCCUGCAAAUUGUACAAACUACUAUGGCCCUCACACUGUCGAUUGCUUGGAAACAAUCUGGUUGUCUGCUAAAUGUUUAGAAGAAGGAAGUAAAUUUCCUGAAAAACGGAAUUCAGAAGAUUUAAACCGAUUGGAUACUUCAAAUAUAAGAGAAGUGACGCUUGAAUUCAACAAUUCAUUUAGUGCUGCUGACAGUGGGGACAUAGCAAAUCAGACAUUCUGUCUUGGUAUCAUCUAUCCUUCUAAUUGUACAAACUACUAUGGGCCGCAUUCUGUUCAUUGUUUGGGAACAAUAUGGUUUUCUGCUAAAUGUUUAGAAGAAGGAAGCAAAUAUCCAGAAAAAAGGGAUGAAGUUGAAUUAGACCGCAUUGAUGAUUUGAAUAUCCGCGAAGUUAUUGGAGAGUUUAAUAAUACUUUUAUUGCUGCUGACAAUGGAGAUCCAGAUAAUCAAACAUAUUGUCUUGGUGUAGUUUAUCCAUCCAAUUGCACAAAUUACUAUGGUCCACAUGAUGUUGAAUGUUUGAUCACAAUAUGGAUGAGUGUCUCAUGCCUUCCUGAAGGUUACAAAUAUCCUGAAAAACUUACUACUGAUCAGCAUGAAGACUUGGAUGUAAUGAAUUUAAGAAAUAUUAAAGAUUUAUUCAAUGCAACUUUUUUGUCAGCAGAGAGUGGUUUUGUUACAGACCAGCUUAACUGUUUUGGAAUGGUUUAUCCUUCAAAUUGUACAAACUAUUAUGGACCUCACCCUGUUAAAUGCUUGGAAACUAUAUGGUUGUCUGCUAAAUGUUUGAAAGAGGGAUCUAAAUAUCCAAAUAAGAGAAAUGAAACUGAUCUAACUCGUUUAGAUGAACUAAAUAUAAGGGAGAUAAUUUUGGAAUUUAACAACUCAUUUCUUGCAGCUGACAAUGGAGAUUCAGAACACCAGUCUAUUUGCCUUGGCUUGGUUUUCCCCACUAACUGUACUAACUACUACGGACCCCAUUCUAUUGAAUGCUUAUCAACAAUAUGGUUGUCUGCUAGAUGUUUGAUUGAAGGAACCAAAUAUCCCAAUAAGCUUGAUUCGGAAUAUUUGAAGCAUUUGGACACUUUGGACAUAAGGGAGGUGACAGAAAAGUUCAAUAACACAUUUUUGUCGGCGGAUAGUGGAAACACAGCUAAUCAAAGUUUUUGCCUUGGAAUUGUUUAUCCUGCGAACUGUACAAAUUAUUAUGGACCUCAUUCCAUUGAAUGUUUGCUAACGAUAUGGUUAUCUGUAAACUGUCUGGCUGAAGGCAGCAAGUAUCCAUCUAAUCGUGAUGCUGAAGAUUUGCAUCGUUUGGACCAAAUGAAUCUGAGGGAAGUGAUUAAUGAAUUCAACCAAACCUUCACAAUUGCUGAUGCUGGUAAUCAGUCUUACCAAGAAUAUUGCUUUGGAUAUGUCUUUCCAUUGAAUUGCACCAACUAUUAUGGUCCACACAGUGUUGAAUGUCUGGAAACACUUUGGUAUAAUGCAACAUGUUUGCUGGAAGGAUAUAAUCAUCCUAAGAAUAUGACAUCAUAUGAACUCGAUAAUCUUGAUAAAAUGAAUUUAAGGGAAAUUGAGGAAGAGUUCAACUUCACAGCUUUUUCAGCAAACAAUGGCAGCAUUUUCUAUCAAGAAGAAUGUUAUGGAAUGGUUUAUCCUAUGCACUGCGUGGAGUACUAUGGACCACACCCAGUUGAAUGUCUAGUUGUAAUAUGGACUCAAGAAAAAUGUUUGUCAAAUGGACAUGAAUACCCAAGAAAACUUGUAUCUGAGGAAAUCGAUGUUUUCAAUAAAAUGAAUCUGAGAGAAGUUGUAAAAGAUUUCAACAAUACACACAAUCUUGCUGAUGGUGGUGAUACUGCUGAACAACUUGCUUGCUUUGGACUGGUUUACCCGGAAAACUGCACAUUCUAUUAUGGACCACAUUCUGUUGAUUGUUUAAUUACAAUGUGGGUAAAUGCUACAUGUUUAUACGAAGGAUAUGAUUAUCCAACUAAUCUGACAAUCAAUGAAAAGGUUGAAUUAGAUGAAAUAGAUAUCAGAAAUGUAACAGAAUUAUUUAAUGAAACCGCAUUUUCCGCCAACAAUGGAAAUGUUUCAAGUCAGCUGGAAUGUUUUGGAUUAGAAUAUCCAGCUAAUUGUACAGAUUACUAUGGUCCUCAUUCAGUUGAUUGUUUGAUAACAAUGUGGCUUUCGAUUAACUGCUUACAUAAAGGAACAAAAUUUCCCAGCAAACUUACUGCAGAUGAGUUGGAUAAAUAUAACCAGAUGAACCUAAGAGAAAUUCUGAACGAAUACAACACAACGUUCACUGUGGCAGACUCGGGGAACAGUUCUAAGCAACUUGAGUGUUUUGGCAUAGUGUAUCCUGCUAAUUGUUCAAAUUACUAUGGGCCACACUCGGUUGAAUGUUUGGAGACAAUCUGGGAAAAUGCAACAUGUUUGAAGGAGGGAUAUAAUUAUCCACGUAAUCUCACAACAGAUGAACGUAACAUUUUGGAUGAAAUGAACUUGAAGGAAGUGGCUGAACUAUUCAAAUUUUAUGCUGAUACUGCUGAUCAGGGGAAUAUAACAAAUCAGUUUAAAUGCUUUGGGAUGAAGUAUCCUGAUAACUGCACUAAAUACUAUGGACCUAAUUCUCUAUCAUGUCUCGAAACAAUCUGGGAAUCAGUAGAUUGCCUCAUUGAAGGUUCAGGAUAUCCAAACAAGUUGGAAGCUGAUAAAAUUGAGGAAUAUGAUGAUGAUACUUUGAGAGAAAUAUUGGCAGAGUUUUCAAAUAAAAAACAGGGGGCUGAUAGUGGGAAUAGUAGCUUGCAGUUGUACUGUUUUGGGAUUGUCUAUCCUGCAAACUGCACUAAUUAUUAUGGACCACACUCAAUUGCAUGUCUUGAAACAAUAUGGGGUACUGCAUUGUGUCUUUCUGAUGGAUACAAAUAUCCUGAGAAUCGUACUGAAGAUGAAUUAAAAAAUUUGGACGCCAAGAAUUUGAGGGAGAUAGGUGGAAUAUUCAAUGAUACUGCAAAAGCAGCUGAUGAGGGUAACAUUACAAGUCAACAACACUGCUUUGGAAUGGUUUAUCCUGAAAAUUGCACUAAAUAUUAUGGACCAAAUUCUGUUGAAUGCCUCGUAACAAUAUGGGAUUCAGUAAAAUGUCUUGAAGAAGGAACUAAAUUUCCUGAGAAAUUAUCUCAGUUUGAAGUAGAAGAAUAUGGAACAAUGGAUCUGAGGAAAAUAAAUCAUAAUUUCACAACUAUAAAAGAAAAUGCAGAUAAUGAAAGUGCAGAGAUGCAGCUUGUUUGCUUUGGAAUUGUUUAUCCUGAAAAUUGUACAUACUAUUAUGGGCCUCAUUCAGUAGAAUGUUUGGAAACAAUUUGGGAGAUUGCUUAUUGCUUACCUGAAGGAUUCAAACAUCCAUUAAAACUUAAUGAGAGUGAGCAUGAUUAUUUGGAUGAACAAAAUCUCAGACAAGUUGGAACUUUGUUCAACUAUACUGCAAUAUCAGCUGAUAACGGUAGUGCUGUUGAUCAGUUGAACUGCUUUGGAAUGGUUUAUCCAUUGAACUGCACUAAAUACUAUGGACCUAAUUUUGUUGAAUGCUUGGAAACAAUAUGGAAAGAAGCAGAAUGUUUGAAACAAGGAACAUUGUAUCCAACCAAGUUAUCAUCUAAUCAAUUUCAAGUUCAUUCGGACAUGAACAUCCGAGAGAAUAUUCUUAACUUCACAAUGCUGAUGAAUGGGUCAGAUAAUGGGAAUGUGGAAAUGCAACUUCAAUGCUUUGGUCUCGUUUAUCCUAAAAAUUGCACCAAGUACUAUGGACCUCAUUCAAAUGAAUGUUUGAUAACAAUAUGGGAUAUCGCGAGUUGUGGGGAGGAAGGUGAUAAAUAUCCUAAAAACUUGACUUCUGAUGAGCAUGGAACUUUGGACGAAAUGAAUUUGAGGGAAGUUGGAUACUUUUUCAAUGCUACUUUUGCUUCUGCUGAUAAUGCUAGUAAAUCUCAUCAACUAAACUGUUUUGGAAUGGUUUAUCCUGAUAAUUGCACUACAUUUUAUGGUCCUAAUUCUGUUGAAUGCUAUAUAACUAUAUGGGAAUCUGUUGAAUGUCUUGAAGAAGGUCAUGGAUAUCCAACCAAACUGCCGUUAGAUCAGAUAAGCAAAUAUGAUAUGUGGAAUAUAAGAGAAGUGAUCGGCAAUUUUAGUGAUGUUAGACAAGAGGCAGAUUCUGAUAAUGAUGAAAUGCAAUUAAAAUGUUUUGGAAUGGAGUACCCUGAUAAUUGCACAAAGUAUUAUGGACCCCACAGUGUUGAGUGCUUGGAAACUAUUUGGGAUAUUGCAACUUGCUUACCAGAGGGUGAUGACUAUCCACAUAACCGAACACAAGAAGAACUAAAUGAUCUUGAUAUCUUAAAUUUAAGAGAACUUCAAAAAGCUUUCAACUCAACAGCUAUGGCUGCAGAUAAUUAUAGUGUUGAACAACAGCUUGAAUGUUUUGGAAUGGUUUAUCCUGAUAAUUGCACCAAGUACUAUGGACCACACACAGUAGAUUGUUUUAUAACAAUAUGGGAAGAAGAUGUUUGGUGUCUCAUAGAAGGAACAAAACAUCCAUCAAAGCUAAAUAUAACUGAGUUGGAUACAAAUAGUGAAUUGAAUCUGAGGGAUGUAGAAAGUGCAUUUCGCUUUAUAAGAUAUAAAGCUGAUAUUGAUAAAGAAGGAUCAUAUCAGAUGCAGUGUUAUGGAAUGCUGAUUCCAGAUUUGUGUACAUAUCACCCCAAUCUUACUGAUGAUUGCCUUCAUUUCAUUUGGACAAAUAUGACAAGAUGCGUUGAAAUGGGAACAGCUUAUCCUCUAACUAUUGAGCUUUCUACAAAAAAAUAUUUAUAUGAAAGAGCUCAUCUUAGAAAGGCUUUGGCAAUUAUGGCAGAUAACUCAACCGACCAAAUGGAAUGCUAUGGAUUUGUUUUUCCCCUCAACUGCACCUAUUUUCCAACUCACAAUAUGACUUGUUUGGAGGAGUUGUUUCGACAGGCUGGAUGUGAUCCUGUGGCAGGAUCAGUACCUCAUGCAAAGUUGAAUUAUUACAAUGAAUCAAAUUUAUGGGACAUCUAUCAACACUUUAUAUUGAUUCAUGACCAAAAUUAUGCUGAUAAGUCAAAUGGUGUUUAUGCAGAAUCAUGUUUUAAACCUGAAUUCAUUGAGAUUUCUGAUGGUAUGAGUAUAUUGAUACACACAGAUAUGAAAACAUUCAAUGGAGCUCAUGAAUAUUGUAAAUCUCGAAAUGCUCUGAUGCAUUUCUCUAUUGAAAGUGAUGAUAUUCAAUCAAAAUUGCAGAAAAAAUUGCAUAACUCAAAUGAAUUUUUCGGUACAGACAAAUGGUGGAUUGGGCUUGAUGACUUAGAAAAUGAUGGUACAUUCCGGUGGGCCAGCAACAAAGAAUAUGAUAUUGAAAAUGAUUAUAAUAAAUGGGAUGUGAGUUUUACCAUGGAUCACAAUGAAAGACAUUGUGCAUCUUUCAACUCUGAAAAUGGCUUUCGUUGGUCACUUGAUAAUUGUGAUGAAGUAUUUUCAUUCAUAUGCAUGGAUGUCACUUGCAAGUAUAGAGCUGACUACAUUCUUCCUGAAGAGGCACCAUGCAAAUCAAGUUGUAAAAAGCAUUUCACUUGUGUAAAUGAAGAAUGUGUAUGCAAUGACAUGUACACUGGUGAAAAUUGUACAAUAUUGAAAGGAUUUCCGGCAUCUAUGGAAUAUGAAAUGUUCAAUAAAUCUUAUGUUUUCUUUGAAGAACAAUUGACCUGGAAAGAUGCUUCUGAUUACUGUGAAGGGAUAUGGGGCCGUUUGGCGAAUCCUAAAACCCAAGAAAUUCAUGAAUGGUUAGUUGAAAAAAUGAUGCAAUCAAACUACACAAAUGCUUCAGCUGUUUGGCUAGGAAUGAAUGAUACAGGAACGGAAGGCAGUUGGUAUUUUUCUGAUGGAGAGAGAGUCAAUCCACCUCCAGAUUUUUCUGAAAUGUUAAAAAAGAUGUACGAUAGAAAAAUUCCGUGGUAUGAAAGAAAUUCAACGCUAGUGGAUCAGUUUUACAUUCUAUGGGGUGACUCAUUCUAUGGUAACUUUACUGAACAGGAAGAGUUUUGUUCUGAUUUGAACGGAACUCUUGUUAAUAUUACUUCUGAAGAAAUCAAUUAUGCCGUUGGAAAACAUGUUCAUGAUCUUUAUAAUAUCUGGAAAGAAAAAGGUCCCACAUCAGCUCCUGGAAAUGAGUAUGGAAAUUAUUUCUUCGCACUGACUGGUGAUGAAAAUGAUCUUGCAAUUUGGAGGCAGGCUGAUGGUCAGCAAGUGUAUAUCCAUGAAAAUUGGUAUAGAAAAAUGUAUCUACCAGUUCCUGACAAGGAGGAUUUUGCACCUUUUCAAAAAUGGCAAACUUGGUCAGAUCCUAAUGGUGACCUUGAUUUUGAACGGCAACACUGUGCUUCCAUCCAAUCAAACAUGAACUGGAUUGAUCAAUUUUGUUCACGAAGACUACCCGCUAUGUGUGAAUUUGGUCCUUUUCCUUUUGAACGCUGGCACAAUCGUGGUAGAAACUCAUCUGAACCAAACAAUGCAUGGUGUGAUGAACAUUGUGCUGGAAUGAAUUUGAAUGUAACUCAUCCAAUGUGGAAUGAUUACCAUUGUAUAAGAAAAUUUCCAUUUGUUUGUGAAGUUGAAAUGCCCACAGGAUGCACGCACAAUCCUCCCAUAGAAGAUGGAUGUAUUAUCAAUUUGUUUUCAGAGGCUGGUUGUGAGGAAGAAGGACAUGGUCCUGUUAUGGACUUUGAUAUGUUUUCUGAAGACACAUCACUGAUUGUGCUCUAUGAAUUAAAUGAUAUUAAAGAACUUGCUGACAGUGACAUGGAAUUCGGAUUGUAUUCUGAAGCCUGUUAUGAACCAGAAUUUGUUAAAGUCACUUUGCCAAGUAAAAAGGAGGUUGAGCUGCUUUUUCACAUCAAAAAUAAAACAUAUGAAGAAGCAAAAAGUAUUGUGCAGACGAAGAUGCAAUUUUAAUCAUGGCUGCAGAACAAGAAAUUCUUGAUUAUGUUUACAAGAAAAUCAAUCUAUCAGCCGAAGAUCUUGGAACAAAAUACUGGUGGAUUGGACUUACAGACAGAGAAACUGAAGGUGUGUUUAUCUGGUCCAGUGGUCAACCAUUUG